UUGCCGCAUGUAUUCCUCCUGGACCGAAUAAUUGUUUUUACGUUCCACUACUCAGUGUGUCUGUUACAUUGAUUCUACGUGCCUGCGCGUUAAUUGAAUAGGUCAGCUUAGUUCUGCGGGGCUCCCACUUCUAUGGGUAGUAGACGGUAGCCUGGCCACAGAGGGCAGCAGUUUGAAGGAUGGACAAUAUGUUUGAGGAUCCGCCGGCCAUCGACGGUGUCAUGUUUGAUGACCUGCUGGCUGAAGAGGGUGCCACUGAGGAGGAUGGCAUGGGUGCAUCCCAUGAUCGCCUGCUGCAGCGCAUCAACCAGCUGGACUCCAAGCGGGCAGGCAGGUCGAUCAUCCAGCGGUCGGAGGCGAGCGCCGAGGUGUCCGAAUUUCACAUGGCCACCGAGGAGGGCGCCGGCGUGAAUGUCAAGGACCUGCUGGCCAGCCUGGGGGACCAGGCGCGCCACGCCACUCUGCGCAAGGAGAUCAACAAGGCACAGCACCAGAAGAAGUUGCCGCCACCGCUGGAGAAACCGCAGGCGGUCAAGGCCCAGCGCAAGGCCGGCUACGAGAAGGUGACCAAGGAGGUAUCGCGCUGGGAGAACGUGGUUAAGCAGCGGCGCCGCGCCGCCCAUGUCUCUUUCCCGCUGGAGAAGCCCGAGCUGCGGGUGGAGACGGGCGCCGAGCGCACGGCCGCCUUCAUCCCGCAGACGCCGCUGGAGCAGGAGAUUGCUGUGCUGCUCGGCGGCAGCGCCAGCGUGGUGCAGCCGGGCCAGAUGCUGAGCGAGGCGGAGCGGCGCGCGCUGGCCGCCAUGUCGCUGGACGAGGCGCUCGAGCGGCGCCGAGAGCUGGCCAAACACCGCGCCCUGCUCACCUACCAGGAGGCCAAGCAGCGCCGCCAGAACAAGAUCAAGAGCAGAAAGUACCGGCGCGUGCUGAAGAAAGAGCGACUGAAGCAGCACCUGAAGGAGUUCGAGCAGCUGAAGAUUUGCGACCCGGAGGCGGCGCUGGCCAAGCUGCAGGAGAUGGAGCGGCAGCGCGUGGAGGAGCGCAUGUCGCAGCGCCACAAGAACACGGGCAAGUGGGCGCGCCUGCAGGCCAUCAAGCGGAAGUACGACCCGGCGGCCCGCGAGGCUCUGGCGGAAAACCUGCGCAUCGGCCGCGAGCGGACGCAGAAGGCGGCGCGUGACGCCGAGCGGGACGCCUCGGAGGACGAGGCUGAGCCGGCGCCGGCGCCGGCCGCCGCCGCGCCGCCCGCCGACCCUGACAACCCGUGGAUGGCAGCGGCCCAGCCGACGGCGGACGCCUACAGCGGCGAGUAUACGCGCUUCUGGGCGGAGCAGGAGGCGGCCAAGCAGCGCCUGCGGCAGGCGGAGCGACAGGCGGAGCCGGCGCCGGGCGCGGGAGAGGAGGAGGAGGCGGAGGAGAGGCCGGCGCCGCGCGUUACCGCCGAGGACGUCGCGGGUGAGGCGGACAGCGACGAGGAGGAGGGAUCCGAGGUGGCCGAGGAGGCUGCUCCGGCUCAAGAGGUGGCUGAGGUGAAGGGCGGAGCUAAAAAGGCUCUGAAGAGGAAGGCUGACGCCAAAACGGCGGCCGGCGCGAAGAAGAAGCUGAAGAAGGGCGCUGCGGCGAAGAAGAAGGCCGAGGAUAUUGACGAGAUAUUUGAUACAUUCGAGAAGACGAUUGCCAAAAAGACCAAGAAGAAGUUGAAGCAGCUGGUGAAGGGAGACGAAACGACCCCCUCUUCAAGGAAGCUCAAGAAGAAGAAGAAUGCGAAGGCAAAAAAGGAGAGGCCGGCCGCCGCCGCCGCUGGCUCGGAUGACGACGCGGCGCCGCCGGCGGAGGACGCGCCGGAGCUGGACCCGUCCCGCUUCAUGGCUGUGGAGCCUCGCCGGCUGCGCUCGCUGCGGCCGGACGGCGGGCCCGGCGGCGAGGACGACCUGGAGGACGGCGACGACGCGCGCAUGACGAUCGCCGAGGCGUUCGCCGACGACGACGUGGUGGCGGAGUUCAGGGAGGAGAAGGAGGCGACCAUAGACGCGGACAAGCCGAAGGAUAUCGACAUGGCUCUGCCGGGCUGGGGAGAUUGGGGAGGACAGAACAUAAAAAUGUCGGCCAAGAAACGACGCAGACUCCUCUUCAGAGCACCCAAGGGGCCGCCGCGCAAGGACCACCACCUAGGCCACGUGAUCCUCAGCGAAAAGCGCAACGAGGCGCUGCGCGCGCACCAGCCCAGCGAGCUGCCCUACUACGUGAGCUCGGUGGCGGCGUUCGAGGCGUCGAUCCGCGCGCCAGUCGGCCGCACCUGGCUGCCGGCGCGCGCGCACGACCAGCUGACCCAGCCGGCGGUCAGCACGCGCGCCGGCACGCUCAUCCCGCCGAUGGACGAGGCGGCCCUGCUCAACGUCAAGACUCGCCGCCGGCGCAAGCAGAAGUGACGCGGAGCAGAGCGAGAGCG